UGAACUGAAGGAGAGAGAAUGAGUGGCUAGGAGAAUCAGAGCUCGAGAGAGCCAGCGCGAGAGAGGACGUAGAUUCUUUUACGAAAAUAGGGAGACUUGGGCACCGCUGUAAGAGACUGACUACAAAAGAUAGAGUGCGAGAGAGGGCUUCACAUGAGAGAUACCAAAACAGUAGCGACAGGAAGAGAUUUUGUGAGUGUUUUUGUAUGUGUGUGUGUGCGUGUGUGGUGCGGCGUUUGCUCGGUUAUCUGUCUCCAUCAGGGUGCCAUCUGUGUCUCUGGCUCUGGCCUUCGCCACACUGGAGCUCACAUAUGUGGGAAUGCAAACACAUGCCUGACAUAUGAAGACGUGGAGUCACAGAGAAGGACAAAAAGCAGAGGAUAAGAAAGCAAAACUUCGCCACUGCAUCUGACUUCCUCCAAGGACUGAAGAGCGGACUCUACUAGAGUGGAGACAGUAGAGAGAAGAAGAGCCCUGCCAUGCCCGGUUCGCCUGUGGAUGCUAAGACUCAUUCCAGAUCAGCCCCCAGCAGCAGCGCCAGCUCCACUAUGCCACCCUUGCCCUCCGUCAACCCCAGUGGCCCUCGUCCGGCCUCAUUUUCCACGACAGCAUUAACCAAUGGGAAUCAUCAUUCCCCACCAACCCUGAAUGCAGUGCCAUCUCCACCGCAGCGUUACAGCAACGGGCCAUCCUCCUCCUCCUCUUCAUCGCUGGCUAACCAACAGCUGCCGGCCACCUGUGGGGCUCGCCAGCUGAGCAAGCUGAAGCGUUUCCUGACCACGCUGCAGCAGUUUGGCAACGACAUUUCUCCUGAGAUUGGAGACAGCGUCAGAAGCCUAGUUUUGGCUCUUGUGAAUUCAACAGUUACUAUUGAGGAGUUUCACUCACGGCUUCAGGAGGCCACCAACUUCCCCUUACGGCCCUUUGUUAUUCCUUUUCUUAAGGCAAACCUUCCUCUGCUGCAAAGAGAGCUGCUCCACUGUGCACGGGCAGCCAAGCAGACCCCAGCUCAGUAUCUGUCCCAGCAUGAGCAUCUCCUGCUCAGCACCACUCUAGCCUCUUCUCCAGACUCUUCUGAGCUGCUGAUGGAGCCUCCUGAGGCAGGAACCAAGCGUCACAGCCCCAGCAGAGCUAAAGAAAAUGGCUUCCAUGAACGCCCACCGGUAGCCAUGGAGCCUGCUGCAAAAAGGAUCUGCACCAUCAGUCCUGCUCCACGACACAGCCCUGCUCACCCACUGCCCCUAACUGCCCAGCUUCACCCGACCCCUCCACCUUUGCAGCAUUAUGCCCUGGAUGACAUAGCGGCUCCACACAUUUUGCAGCGAGAGCACAGCCAACGUGUGCUAGAGAUUCGCGAGCUGAAGGACAGGCCCAGACUUCCUGGCACUAACGGGGGCUACCGCGAGGAGCCGGUGGACCACAGACUGACAGACAGGGAGUGGGCUGAUGAAUGGAGGCAUCUGGACCAUGUGCUGAACUGUAUAGUGGACAUGGUGGAAAAGACACGGAGGUCGGUGAGUGUACUCAGAAGAUGCCAGGAAUCAGAUCGUGAGGAACUUAACUACUGGAGACGGCGAACAAGCGAGCAGGAGGACCCUCGCAAAGGAGGCUCAGGCUCCACUCCAUUUUCCAAGACUCACAGCCCACGCUCUGCAGAGUCGGACUCCCAACGUGACUUUGCUCCACGGCCAGGUUCUGCAUAUGUUACAGAUGAGAUCUGGAGGAAAGCUGAAGAGGCAGUGAAUGAAGUUAAGCGUCAGGCCAUGGAUGAGGUUCAGAAAGCAGUGGCAGAGGCCGAGCAGAAGGCUUUUGAGAUGAUCUCUGCUGAGAGGGCUAAGAUGGAAAAGACUCUGGCUGAGGCGAAACGGAAAGCUCAAGAGGAUGCCAUCAUGGUCAUCAAUAACCAAGAGGAUUCCAGUGAGUGCUGCUGGAAUUGUGGCCGCAAAGCUAGCGAGACAUGCAGUGGCUGCAACGCUGCUCGCUACUGUGGAUCCUUCUGCCAGCACAAAGACUGGGAAAGACAUCACCUCAUCUGCAGCCCAGGACUUCAAGCUCAACCCAAGCCAGUCUCAACCAUCACUGCAAGCAGGACAGCCGCCGUAGCUACAGCAGCAGCAGCGGCGGCGGGAAUGUCUCCUGUCGGUCUAACUGGGGUCAAAGCUCCCGACAGUGUGCCUUCGGUCUCUAGUCCGGGUGGAGAGAAAGCUUCGGUCGCGUCUCGGUCCUCCACUCCCUCCACUCCAGUCUCAGCCCCUGAGACCAAUGGACACUAGGAGUAGAAGGAGGAUUUCAAGGGCGUAUGUGUCACCUAUCUUCGUUGCUAACGGAGAAGAGUUAAAUCAGCAGCAUGAGGAAACUAUUUGUGGAUUAAGUUAGGAUAACAGAUUUUUCAUCAUAUUCUUUGGCAGAUAAAGAAGGACAGAUUAUGGAUGACUGUUUUGAGUGAUAUGUCAAUUGGGACUUUGGCUUUGGCAAAGAACAAAGGGACUCGUCUCAGAUGCAUCCAUUGGAUGAACAGAUCUCCCUAACAGAUGGAAACGUGUUUCUCGUCGUCCAAAACCUCAAAUGUUGGAUCUGUGAGGGCUGGAAAAAGUAGGCUGAUGAUUGAUCUCAGUCUAUCUGUGGCUGCAAGAAGGAAGUUCUGAAAGGAAGGCAUAUAACCCCCCCUCCCCCUCCCAUCUGCAAACUAAUGUUCUCAUUUUGUUGUGAAUUUAUUCAAGCUAGGGAGGUAAUGUUGGUAAAUGUAUAAAGUGUAAUAGUACCACCUCUAAAGCAUCUGUCUUUCUUGUGUAGUAAAAAUCUCACAAUAGACCACAUUAAAAUCAUCUCUGCAGCUCCUCUGUAUACAUAAAUAUUUGCUCUCCAAUGUCUUGUCAGAGUUUUGCUUGUCAAUGAGUCAAACGUUGUGGCGUCCGUGAAUAUAAUAAAGCAUAUGGAUAUUUUUGUCAAAGCAAUAUUAAAAUAAAGUGUUCAGGUAUUUCAAGCUGUUUCUACAUCACCAAAGUUUUUCACUUGCAGAAGCGAGAGUCACUGUCUUUGCCUGAUAUUGUGUCUGUGAUCAAGAGCUAACUCUUUUUAUAUUGAGUUAAACUGGGCACGGUGGUCACUGUUGUCAUUUCUGAUCAGAUGAGUAAUGGCAGUUGGAUCAAGCAAGCACAGAACUUUUCAGUCAUUUGAUUGCAGUUUCACUUUGGCACUUGUUUGCAUCAGCAGCUGUGUGUUGCAGGGGUUCAGAUGUCACUCCAAAUCUUCCAUCACUGCAGUUUGUGCAUCACAGGACAAGAAUUGUAAUGCAUCUGUAGAAAUCCAUUUUAAACGCACUAGAAAUUACCCAGUGGGAUAAAAAGUCACUGAUGCGUACGUCGCAGUGGGGCAGGUCCUGAGCAGCCACUUUGUCCCUCAGAGAAUCUCAGGAGCUAAACUGUGUUUGUACAGAUCAUUCUUGUUCUUUAUCACAGUUUGGUUCAAGUUUAGUGAGGAAAUUUGAUUUAUCGUACUCUGCUGUUACAACUGAGAUUUUCUUGUUUCCGUUUGUUGUAAGAUGACUUUGUAAAGAUGAGAAUGUCUAUUUUGUGAGCCAUGAUUCUUCCCUUCAUUCUUUAAACGUGUUCUUAUGAAUCAGCUUCAUAUGAAAAACAUAUCUUGACAUAAAGUAUGGAAUAAAGAAGUAGAAUUAC